AACAAAAUUCUUUAAUCACAACAAAUCGAGAUCUGAAACAGAAUAACUAGAAAGAAAUCCAAAUAGAAACUGUUAGCUUUUACCUCGAUCGAAAAAUAGAACAAUAAUCCAAAUAAGCUAAAUCGAGAUUCUCGAUCUUGGAAUCCAUGGCGAAAACAAGUCAUAGAGGUUGUGGGAAUUGUUUUUGGUGAUGUUGGUGGGUUAUUCGGCGUGGGCAUCUCUGUUCGAGUUGGCUUUUGAAAGAGCAGCUGAAGGAGCUUUAAUGACCGUUGAUCUCAUCGUUGACUUUUUCUUCGCCGUCGAUAUUAUCCUCACUUUUUUCGUUUCUUACUUGGAUAAAUCUUCUUACCUCGUUGUCGACGACCACAAGCUCAUCGCCAAACGGUAUUUGAAGAGCGUGGCUUUUGUGAUGGACAUAGCAUCAACGUUACCGAUUCAGUUCAUUUAUAAAGCUAUUACCGGAAAUAUCGGACGAGGCCAAGCUUUUGGCUUCCUUAAUUUGCUCCGCCUCUGGCGUCUCCGUCGUGUUACCGAACUCUUUAAAAGACUAGAGAAAGACCCACAUUUUAACUACUUCCUCAUCAGAGUCAUCAAACUACUUUGUGUAACGAUAUUUUGGAUACAUUUGGCGGGUUGCAUUUUGUACUGGAUAGCCUUCCAUUACCCAAGGCCUACAGAGACAUGGAUAGGAUCACAAGUUGAGGAUUUCAAGGAGAGAAGUAUAUGGUUAGGCUACACUUACUCAAUGUACUGGUCCAUUGUCACACUCACUACCGUGGGUUACGGCGAUCUGCAUGCCGUUAAUAGCCGUGAGAAGACAUUCAACAUGUUCUACAUGCUUUUCAACAUUGGCCUCGCCGCUUAUAUCAUCGGUAACAUGACCAAUCUAGUUGUACAUGGCGCUCUUCGUACAUUCGCCAUGAGGAGUGCGAUCAAUCAAAUAUUGCAGUACACGAGCAAGAACAGGUUACCGGAUACAAUGAGGGAGCAGAUGCUUGCACAUAUGCAGCUCAAGUUCAAGACCGCGGAGUUAAGGCAAGAAGAGGUUCUUCAAGACUUACCUAAGGCCAUAAGAUCAAGCAUUAACCAACAUCUAUUCCGCUCCGUCAUCGAGAAGGCUUAUCUUUUCAAAGGAUUCCCCGAAGGCAUCAUCGUCCAGCUGGUUUCGCAAAUACAAGCAGAAUAUUUUCCGCCGAAAAUGGAGAUAAUAUUGCAGAAUGAGAUUCCAACGGAUUUCUACAUAAUUGUAUCUGGAGGAGUGGAUAUAAUUGCAUCCAAGGGUGUGAGUGAACAGGUAUUGGCCAAGUUAGGUCCUGGAAGUAUGGCAGGAGAGAUAGGAGUAGUGUUCAACAUCCCUCAGCCUUUCACUGUGAGGACACGCCGACUUUCACAAGUUAUCAGAAUUGGUCAUCAUAAGUUCAAAGAAAUGGUUCAGUCUGAUAAUGACGUCGACGCCAAAAUGAUCAUAGCCAGUUUCAUGACUUAUCUUAAGGGAUUGAAUGAUGAGUUAAAGAAAGAAAUUCCUUUUCUUAGAGAUUUACUAGCUGACGCAGAUGCUCAGGUUCAGGAAACAGUUCAGACAGAAGAAACACCACAAAGUAACAAUGAGGAAAUAGUUACGGUCUCAACAGAAGAAGAGAGACGAAGUGAGGGAGUUCCUAAAAGAGUGAUAAUUCAUGGACAAGCUCCUCCUAAUCAAGAUAACAACAACAAUGGUGAUUCCAACGGUAGACUUAUCAUUUUGCCUGAUUCUAUCCAACUUCUAUUCGACUUAGCUGAGAAGAAGUUGGGGAAACGAGGAAGCACGAUUGCAAUGGCAGACGGUGCACAUGUUGAACAAAUUGAUGCUCUUCGAGAAAACGAUCAUUUAUAUAUUUUCUGAUUCCUUUAAAAAAAUAUCUAUAUUCAC